AGAGUAUUUUCUUUCCCUGCGUUUAGGGUUUUUCGAAAGCUAAGUUUAAAUCCCUAAAAACCCCCCAAAAUCCCUCUUGGCCUCUGUAAUCUGGGCUCGUCAAUCUCGUCUCUCCACUAGGUUAGGGUUUUCUGCAUCUCCAAGUGCUCCCCCGAUCCCAAUGGAGAACGAUUCCGAGCAACAAAUGGGUCGUUCACUGGUAAAGCAGCUAGCGUGCUGCAACAAAACCACCCGCGACAGGGCUCUCCGCGUUCUCCUCAAAACAUGGCUCCCUUCCCUCUCCGACCACCUCUCCGACGACGACGCCAAGAAGCUUUGGAAGGGUCUCUUCUACUGCUUCUGGCACUCCGACAAGCCCCUCCCUCAGGCCGAACUCGCCAACCGCCUCUCCUCUCUCCUCCUCUCUCUCUCCUCCAUCCCCUUCUCUCUCCAGUACCUUUCCACCUUCUUCCUCACCAUGCGCCGCGAGUGGCCUUCCAUUGACGCCCUCCGCCUCGACAAGUUCUACCUUCUCAUCCGCAGGUUUAUUUCUACUCUCUUCUCUCUCUUGAAAAAGAAUUCCUGGGAUUUGGAACUUGUUCGCCGGUACAUCGACGUUUUGGACAAGGGCACUUUCUCCGCCGAGGAUAAGUUUCAGGGUAGUAAUGGCGUUAAUUACCAUUUUGCCACUGUUUUUCUGGAGGAGCUUAGGCCGUUUCUGCCUGUUAGAGUUGAGGUUCUCGAUAUUCUGUUUGCACCGUUUUAUUCUGUUAUGGGGAGGGUGCCUGAUAGGGUUUUGUUAGGGAAGAUUAAGUCUGGCUUGUUUGAUGUGUUGCUGAAGAAUGGGAGGAGAUUGUUGGAGGCAAGGAAGGCUGGCGAGGAGGUUGCUUCGGGGGACGAUGUUGCGGUUCUUGGGACUGUGGGUUUGGUUAUGGGGUUUUCUGGUAAGCUUUAUGGUAUUGGUUCAGAUCCUGGGUGUUGUCAAGGGAAUAGGAAGGUAUUGUUUGGGCUUCAUGAACAGUUUUUGAAGCUUGAGAAGGAUGCUGCCGCAUCUGGAUUUGAGUUCUCAAUUCCGGAUUCUGUUGAUCAGGAUGAUGAUGAGGAAGUCUCAAUUUUGGUUCCCGUUUGUAAUGGCAUGGAGGUGGAUGCUCAGGAGGCCAAGGUGGAGGGCGAGGACCUUGCUAAUGGUAAGGUGUUGAAGAAGUGUAAGAAGGAUAAUAAGGUUGGUGGUGUUAAGAAAGCAAAGAAGAAGAAGAAGGGUGGCAAAGCCGAGGAUGACAGUGAAAAUGUAGCUGAUGAGAAUGGUGGGGAUUUGAAUGGCAAACAGGUUGAUGAUGAGGGCACUCUACUGUUGAAUGAGGCUGUGAUGUCAAACCUCCAGAAGCAGUUUGAGAAGGUUGCUGCUGAAGAAGGUUUAGAUGAUGAUGGAGUUGCAAGUGCCUGUGAUAGUCCUCAUUCUACAUCUGCUGGAGCUAUGUCUAAGAAGAGGAAGAGAACAAAAAAUUUGAAAGGAAAGAAGUCCCAGGAUUCUGAAAUUGAUGGUGGAGAUGCUGAUGAUGACGCUGCUGUGGCAAUGAAUGGGGAGAAGAGCGCCAAGAAGGUAAGAUUUUCCAUGAAAAGUAACUUGGUGUGGAAGCCACACACUCCUUUACCUCCUCAGAGCUUGAGGUUGCCUCCUUCUGCUGCUCCCAGAGGAAGUGCACUCAAAAAGGGUGUGCCCCCAGGUCCUAUCAGGGAGAUGCUUUCUCCUACCAAGAAGCCAAAAGCGAAGAAGGCGAGGAGGGUCAUUAAGGGUGUUGUCGGAUCUGUCAAAAGACUGAAGAAAUUAAGAACUCGUUCUGCAUGAUUUGCUUUGGAGGUCGAAAGGGUCUGCGGAAAAGGUGAGUGCUGAUUCCUCGGUCGUAAUGAAAUCAACCGGUUUACCUAUGGCAUGGUGUGUUAAGGUAAAGCGCAUUUGGAUUUGCAGUGCUCUGGUUCUUCCACUGGGUGAAAUUAUAAGAUAAUCAGUGAUAACUUUCUUAUGUUGAGGCAGUUGAUUUUAUAGGUGUUUUGAGUUUCUGUCUCUGUAAAUAAAAGUAGCCCUCUCUUGUCGAAACAUAAACAUAAAAAUUCAAUUUUGGUGCUAUAGAUAUUGUAGGAAGAGCUUACAAUUAUCAUUUUCUUCUUUUA